AUGGAUAAAUUGUUCAGCGCUGCUUUAGUCUUGUCUGCGUGCGUUUAUAAUGCUCAGGCUGGUGUAAUUGGUGGCGGAGGUUUGGCAUUGGGCGGCGGAGGUAUUGAGUUAGCCUCAUUAGGUGGUCACGGCCUUGGCGGCUUGGGCGGAUUUGGUGGCGGUAUAGCACUUGGUGGUGGUGGUGGCGGUGGCGGUGGCGGAUUGGCUGUCGGUGGCGGUUCAACAAUAGCUAUAGCCCCUGUUGUCACUCGUACUAUAUCAGCAACUCCAAUUAUUACAAAAACCAUAACACCUGUUGUUACUAAAACAAUUUCGGCCGUUCCAACUGUGACUAAAACUAUAUCGCACGCACCCGUAGCUAUAACACCAUUAACAGCACCGGUUGCUGUGGCUGCAGGUCCUGCCAUCGCAGUAAGCAGUGCACUUGGCGGCGGGUUGGGCGGCGGUUAUGGCGGCGGUUAUGGCGGCGGCUUGGGCGGAUUAGGCGGUCAUGGAUUAGGCGGUGCAAUAGCGCUUGGCGGCGGUCUAGGCUUAGGACAUGGCCAUGGUUGGUAA